UCUCUCUCUCUCUAUCGCCCACACACACACACACUCUCCCCACUUUUUUUCCUCUCUCCAACACUCUCUGUUUGUUUUCACCCAAAAGAUCCCAAUUUCCUCCUCAAAUUCUCCCCCUUCUGCUCUCCAAAAUUCAAAAUACUUGUUCGCCAAUGCGUGAUCUUUCCAUUAGACGUAAUUUCGGGUUUUGAUGUUCUCAUUUUCACCUAAUUAGUUUUGAAGUCACUGAAUUGGAAUUAGAAAUGCUGGAGGUAGUUGAGAGUUCAGUGAAUGGAGGUGGAUUCUCGCAUGUGCAGAGCUGCGGGGACAGCAGCGAGGAGGAGCUCUCGGUGUUACCGCGUCAUACGAAGGUUGUUGUGACCGGAAACAGCCGCACAAAGUCUGUGCUUGUGGGUCUUCAAGGUGUGGUGAAGAAGGCUGUUGGGCUUGGCGGAUGGCAUUGGCUGGUUCUUACUAAUGGCAUAGAAGUAAAGCUACAGAGGAAUGCUCUGAGUGUGAUUGAGGCUCCUACUGGUAACGAGGAGGACGACGACCUGGAAUUCGACAACAUGCAGUGGAAUGGAUCUGAUAUGGCUUCCGAUGACACUCAAAAGUCCUUUUCCCAUAAGUCAAGGAAUCGAAUUCAUAAAUCAAGUGGAUCAUCUCACAAGACUAUGAUCAGAUCACUCUCUUCUGAUUCACAAUCAAAGAGCUCUAUUACUACCCCCUGCGGGUCCACGAAGGUUGACUUUAGGAAGCUGGAGAUGGCUGCUUUGCGGAGAUAUUGGCGACACUUUAAUCUUGUUGAUGGUUUUCCAAACCCAUCCAAGGAGCAACUAGUAGAUGUUGUUCAGAGGCAUUUCAUGUCACAGCAAAUGGAUGAGUUGCAGGUCAUCAUGGGCUUUGUUAAGGCUGCAAAGAGGCUGAAGACCGUAUGCAAAUGACCUUCGACACAAACUGAGAGAUCUAGAUGAGUUUUACUCUCAAAGCUAACUUAUAUCCUGGCCGUGAUGACCUUACCUUUCGUAUUCUCUGUAAUAUAUGUAUCCAUCGGUAUUCUAGCGCCUUAUCGUUUACGUUAGUAGGUUAGUACUUACUAUGUUCUAAGCUCGUCUUUCGUAGCUGAGCUCGAUAUAUGGAAACUGGUAACUACAAGAAGUCCAUGUUACUUUCUUUAAAGCUGAUUAAUGUAUCGCUGGUCACUUUGGUGAAGUGGGCUUCUUAAACUGUAUAUAUAUUUCCUUGUUCUCUA